UGGGAUCUUGUGACGACCUCUGUAAAAAUCCAUUUGGUUUAUGAAUCCGCCUCAAACAGCUGAGUCAUUUCCAACCGGGUUUCCUGGAAAUAUUCUGUUGUGCACUGAUGCUCCACCUCCAAGCUGACCAUGUGAUGCAGGUCAAACACGGACUGCCAGUGGAGGGAGGAAACCACAUCGUCUUCCUCUGACUGAGCAAACACAAUCUGUUUACCUUCACAGCUCCUGAGACUGGAGACACUGAGAAGAUUUCGGAUCAGUUUGUACCUAUAAUGACAAGCCUGCUGGUGAUGGGAGAUAAACUGUUGGAUAUGUGGACAAAAGGAGAGCGAGAAAAACAAUUCUGUGUGGAUGAAGAGAAGGAAUCACGGCAGCACAAACACAUUUCUCAUUCAAUUGAAGAAAUACUAAGAAGACCGUUCAGAAAAGAGGGAAGAGUUUAUCGAAGCUGCUCUGUUAUUAAAGAAAACACUGAGGUUCAUAACCAGUUGUCUUACACAGAUUCCUCACAGAAAAAUCAUGAAGAAUCUCCAAAAUCUGCCACAGAAACCAAAGGUCAGAAGAGGAAAAGGCAAACCAGAGUGACCUUCACGCCGUUCCAGGUUCAGGAGCUGGAGGCGGUUUUCCAGCAGACUCACUAUCCAGACGUCAACAGCAGAGACGAGCUGGCCGGCCGGCUGCAGCUGACGGAGGGACGGAUACAGAUUUGGUUCCAGAACCGCAGAGCAAAGUGGAGAAAGUCAGAAACACUGAAGGAAAUCGAGGUGAUGACCAGCCGGCGGAUUUGUUCAGCCACUCAUCCUCUGGUUUAUUUUGAGGAGCCGCCUCUUGACCCGCUGCGCUGGCUGACCUGCUGGACGCCCGAACCAUCCAGGCUGUUUUUCAGAUCCACUCCAACACAAGGCAGCACACACUGCCACAGUCACAGGACUCUCUGCUCCGACCUGUACGGGACGGAGCGAUAGCCCCUCUCAUCAUCUCACAACGCUCACAGUUUAAAAAAUCUUUUUUAUAUAAAAUGUAAAAAACUAAUUGUGGAGUUUUGAACCAGGUUCUGUGAAAUUCAACCUUAAUUCUCAGAAUAUUUCACACUGUGUGCUGCGCAUGCAACUAAAAAUGUUUAGCAUUUUCCAAUAAACCAAAUUUCUGAAAUGAUUUUUGCAUUUUCUUUAAAUUUUGCAGGUAAAUCUGUGUACAGAUUGAGCUUUGAAAGCAGCUCUGCUCUACAU